AUGCUGACGCAUUCGGAAAUGCCUCGCGUGCCGGUGGGCGCGCUCGCUCUGACGGCCGGAUGCGCGACGGGCUUCGCCGCCGUCCACAUCGCGCUCGAACGCGCGUGCGGACGCCACUACGAGUGCGAUGCAUCGCACCCGACGCUCUCCAUGACCCUGCGACACUCGGACGUGAGGCGAACGGUCGUGCCGUUACUUCUGGCGAGCGCCGCGUGCCUACUGAUGGCGGACUGCGCGCUGUGGGCCACGUGCGUCUCGGACCCCCGGGGCGGCGGUCUCGUCUCGACGCACGCCGCGCUCCUCGCUGGGAUCGCCUCGCUGCCCGCGAUGGUGCUCACGAUCGACAAGGACCCCAGGGGGCAGGCGCAUCUGGACGCCGCGGUGGCGUGGUCGGCGCUGCGGAUGGUCCAGGGCGCUCUGGCGCUGCCAGCCGUGUGGCUGUGCACCAGGGGAAGCGCCCCGUUCGCGGUGGUCAACGCGGGGCGCUCGGUGCUCGCGGUCAGCUUAAUGUGCGUGGGCGCCAAGCUGUGCGCGGACGCGCCGAGUGGAGACAUGGAUGGUGAGUUACAGUUUGUCGCGGUGAGAGCUGUCCUGGCGUUUCACCUCAGCCUUUUGCCCGAGGUGGCGGGAACCAGACUCGUGUUGUUUGGAGGCGGCGCCGGCGGUAGGAGAAGUUGUGCGAGUAUAGAAGCCAGCACUAGGUACAUACCGGGGUGGAAUAAGGACGCGGGGGGUUCCUACUCGGUCAGGGACGAGGACGCGUCUGGUUAG